GUUGAAAGCAUCUGUUCAAAACCCAUGACUCUAGAAACCCUCAUUACACAGAAGGAACCCAACAUAGCUCAGAGUUUUAGAGAGAAAAGAUUAAACCUUUCAAAUGUUUCAAGCUGCUCCACUAUUACCAAAAAAUCAUCUGAUAAGCAGCUCCUUGGCAAGAAAAAGAAAGUUGGAAAAGUUAUUGGAAAAGUUAAACUGAGUUCAGGCCAGGCUUUAGAGGCAAAAAAAGAGAAAGCAGAAGUGGUUGCAGAGGCACUUUCUGAAAAAGAAAAUGUGCAUGAUGGGAAAGGAUCCAAGCACUCGCACACCCGUUCUGCUUUUAGAAAAGUCACCAGCUGGCUUGGACAAAAACCUGCCAAGAAAGUAAGCCUGAAAGCUCGUCUUCUGAGCGUGGCACAUGCAAUUGGUAUUUCAAAAUGGCUCUUGAAGAAAUCUGGGAAGAGGAAGAGGAGUAACAAACCUUUUGGAUUUAAAACCAGAGUGGCAAUCCAGGUUGUAAGCACCGCUGGCUGGGUUGGUCGGUCUGGCAAAGCCUUCCCUGGUGCAGCUAGACAGCUGGGGAAGGCUGACUUGAGUGACAAAGAAUCUUCUCCAUUAGCGGAGGGAAAUAGUGGUCCUAAAAUGGAUAAGGAAGUAGAACAUAUUGAUUUGCCUUCUGGUGAUUCCCUUCUUCAUGGAACCAGUUCCUUUCCAUACUUACUUAGCUUGGAUGAGAAGAACAACAAUGCUACUGAUGCCAAGUUUGCUGUAGUAUUCCCCAGAGUCCACAGCAUGGUUAAGACAAAGACAAAGAGCUCUUUAUCCAGAGGCUCUGGGAGUGGUUGUUCUCUAGAGAAACUGAGAUCUCUAUCAGGCAGUAAAACUGUGAUGACUGUGCAACGGGGUUGCCGAUUCAAAUGUGACCCUCCUAGAUCUUUGAUGGAUGAAAGCCCUCAGAGGAACAGCGAACAGGGCUUCCUUCCACAUCAGGAAGAGAAUCUAGUAUCUACACCAGAUUAUUCCAGUGACAUAGAUGUCAAAGAGGAUUCAGGUAUCCUCCAGACUGCAGGGUACAUAGUCACACCUGGUGUUCACUGGUCUCAGCAGCAGGCUCAGGGAUGUGAUCCUGCAGCAUGGCUGAGCUCUGAAUUGCUGCUGCCACGACUAACCGUUGAGAACCUAAGCAAAUGGGCCACCUACAGGGACCCACAUCUGGCCAACAGCCACGUGAUGAAGGUCUGCAAGGAUCAAUGGGAGGCAGAAGACAUCGCUGACAAUAUGUUAGAGAUGGAAUUCAUGCACAAACAGGUAGAGGUGUUGUCUCUGGUAUUAAAAUGCACUGAACUUCUCCUGAUUUUCAGUAAUGUAUCUGUGUGUUUCAGGUGUACAUGUGUGAAGACCACUGUGUAGAAGCUGAGGACACUGAAGAUCUAACCAGACUGCAGUAUGUGUUGUCAGUGGUAUUCUGCAGCUAAUUCAAGGUCACAGGGGCUUGCUUGUUAUCCUUCAAAGCUACUGUUGGCUCAACAACAGAAAGCGCAUUAUAGAUCCUUGGCUACCAUGUGAGAAAAAAGAAUUUGAUACACAUCAUACCUGAGUAACUGAUGCUCCACAGUAAAACUAAGUGAAAGACAGAACUGCCCUACUGAAGUUAUGGACCUGCGCUGAACCACAUGGGAAGGAGCACAGCUGCAGAGGGAACUCCUGACUGUUGAGUAUAGUGUGGCCCUAAACUCUGUUGCACAGAGAGGGCACGUUGAAUCUCUGCAGUCACACACCAGAGAGAGCAGCUCAUCCUAGCUAGUAGACUUUUCUUACAGAUGCACCCAGGGAACUCUACUUCUCCUGUUAAAUGGUUCCAGUCCUGAAAUGGGUUCUAAAAUACCAAAUAGACUUUAUGGGUAGGGGAAAUGAGGUUUAGAGGCUGAUGUGACUUUUGUAGUAUUGCAGAAUGACAAAACUGGGAAUUUGACAUACCAUUCUUGUUGCAUGAAGUGGGUGGUAAGUCAGGAGACUUGCAGGAUGAGAGGCAUAUUUCUGUUUGCCUCCUGACAUGGGCAUCUGUGGCUUUAGUGACUCCCAUUGCCUUCAGCUAUGGCAAACUCAGGCCUUACAUCUUCAACGGCUUUUAAAUCAUGUGUUCACUGCUGUUGUUGAAAGAGAAAGGCCUAACACUGAUUCUCACACCCUCUACCCUUGCCAUCCAGCUGAGAUAAACAACUCUAAAGGCUGUGUGCAAGGAGGUGUGAUCACAUGGAGAUGGACAGGCUAGAUGUUCUGAGCUUUGGCUGCUCUGUUCUCUGAUGUGUUAAUCCUGGACAUGUUGGAAUCCCAUGAAGGCAGUGAAUAGUUUCAGAUCGCAGCCUCAUCCGUGGGAGGGCAGAAAGGUCAAUACCGACAUAUGCAAGUGAAGCUUAUGGCUGACAAGUCCUUUCCUCUGUUUCUAGGGAAGUCUGUGAAAGCUCAGUUCUGCUGUGUCUGAAGAGGAGGUUCCAUCGCAAUCUUAUUUAUACUUACAUUGGACAAAUCUUGGUUUCUGUGAAUCCUUUCAAAGACCUCGGUAUCUACUCUGAAGAUGUGGCUAGCCAGUACCACCAAGGGACUCUCUCAAAAAAUGCUCCGUAUGUUUCUCUUUCUCAAAUAAACUCCGUUACAUUUGUGCUUCAGAAAGUAGCUUAUUUUCUUCCAGUUGUCUGAUAGAGCAGGAUGAAUGCACAGGAAGUGAGCAAUCCAUUUGGCAAAGCUGUAGUUGCUCAGACCUGUAAUGCUACUG